AAUCUGAGGUGCUUCUGCUCGCUUUAUUAAAUUACAUCAGAAAACACGCGGGUUUGCUAGAAUAUCUAAAACCCCGGAGGACUGGAAACCUGGAGAUGAAGACAGAUUUUACGUUUUUCUGUCGGAUUUGGAUUGGGAUUCCCUUCUUCUCAGGUCUGGUGACUGGGUUUUCUAUGAGUCCACCCACCCUUGACAACACCAAAGACCAGCUCGUGAUUAACGCUAAUGACACAUUGACCAUUACAUGCAGGGGACAGCGGAUUCUGGACUGGAGCUGGCCUGAAGUGUCUCUAAGUAAAGUGGAGUUAACUGAUCGCCAGGAUCAGCAGUCACCCGUUGACACCCCGGGCCACAGAGCAGUCAGGGUGAAGGAGUGUCAAGGGGAGCCUGGGAAACCUUACUGCAAGACAUUAAUACUUACCAACACCCAGGCCAAUGACUCAGGAUACUACCGCUGCUUCUACCAGGAUAUCAAAGCUAUCAUCGAUGGGACCACGGCAGCCAGCAUUUUUGUCUUUGUGCGAGACCCACAGCAUCCAUUCAUCAAGAGAAAUGAAAACGACAUGGAGACCAUCUUCAUAACGGAUUCUCAAACUCACAUUGAAGUGCCAUGCCUGGUUUCCGAUCCUGACCUGAAAGUCUCUCUCUUCUCGGUAGAGCAGGGUCCAUUGCUUCUAGAAGGCAAUGAAAUUACCUGGAAUAAUAAAAGGGGCUGGUUGGUUCCCAGCCACAUCUUUAAGAACAGUUCCACUUUCUUCGGCUUCUUCUGCGCCACCUCAGUCCGCAACAACGAGCACAGAUCAUCUAUAUUUAUUGUGCAGGCAACAGGACUGAAGUUUUACAAGCUCAAGCUGUUUCCUGAGGACUCGCCCUUGGAGCUCAUGCAGGGGGAGGGUCUGGAGCUCAACUGCACGGCGCUGGUCGAGUUCAACACCGGUGUGGAAUUCCACUGGGACUACCCAGGCCAAAAGGGGGAGGGUCUGGAGCUCAACUGCACGGCGCUGGUCGAGUUCAACACCGGUGUGGAAUUCCACUGGGACUACCCAGGCCAAAAGGUAAUUACCAGGUAUAAUAAUGGCAAACUGAUCACCAGACGGCCAGAGUUCAGUCGGUUUAGGGUCAAGCAGCAUGCUCUGGAGAUCAGAGACGUGUGUAAGCAGGAUGCUGGAGAAUACACACUGAUCCUGAAAAACACACGUGCAGCCCUGGAGAAAAGACUCAACUUUACUCUCAUAGUCAAUGUUCCUCCUCAGAUCCAUGAGAAGGAGGCAGCAGCACCUACUAACCCCUACAGGAGGAGCAGUCGACAGACGCUCACCUGUACCGCCACCGGGUCCCCUCCUGCCACCAUUACCUGGCAGUGGAGGCCGUGGAGCCCCUGCGGUCUCAACAGCACCCGCAGAACCUUGGGUCGAAGGGGUCAACGAGACAAGAUUCCCAUCUGUCAAAACUGGAUAGGUUUGGAUCCUGAACACGCUGUCAAUCCUAUCGAGAGUAUUGAAACUUUGACUGAGAUGGUGGACGGCAAAGAAAAGACUGUCAGCCGUUUGGUUAUUCAGAGCGCCAAUGUGUCGGCUAUGUACAAGUGCUCAGCAGAGAACAAAGUGGGAAGAGAUGAACGAUUGAUCUAUUUCUACGUGACCACUAUCCCAGAGGGAUUCGGGAUAGAGAUGGAGCCCUCGGAGGAUCCACUCGAGCAGGACCUGGUACGGCUGAAGUGUAAUGCAGAUAAUAACACCUAUGAGAACCUGCGGUGGUACCGCCUGGACCCGCAGGCUGUUCCUCCAGAGCUGGACUGCAAAAGUCUGCACCAAUACACAGAGUCUCUGGGGGGAAAGCUUUCAUUCCAGACCACCAGCAACAACUGGGUGCUGGAGCUUACGAUUACCAACAUCCAGCUGCAGGACGAGGGAAACUACGUGUGUGAGGUGCAGAACCGGCGCAGUGGGGAGAAACAUUGCCACCGCAAGUACAUCCCAGUCAAAGCACUGGAGGCACCUCGAUACCGUAACAACCCCACCAAUCAGACAGUGAAUGUGAGCGAGUCGCUGCAGAUGGAGUGCGAUGUCGAGGGCACACCCUCUCCCCAGCUGUCCUGGUUUAAAGAUAACCAACCACUUCACCAGAUAUCAGGGAUCUUCCUGCAGGACUCCAAUCGGACUCUCAGCAUUCAGCGAGUGCGAGAGGAAGACGCCGGUCUGUACACCUGCACAGCCUGCAACCAGAGGGGCUGCGUUAAGUCCUCCGCCACUUUGUCAGUCAUCGGCUCUGAUGACAAGACCAAUGUAGAAAUAGUGAUUCUCAUCGGAACGGGAGUCAUCGCCAUCUUUUUCUGGGUCCUUCUCCUUGUUAUCUUCUGCAACGUCAAGCGAGUGAACCCAGCAGAUAUCAAGACAGGCUAUCUGUCAAUCAUCAUGGACCCGGGGGAAGUGCCGCUUGAGGAGCAGUGUGAAUACCUGCUCUACGACUCCAGCCAGUGGGAGAUAUCCCGAGACAGACUGCUCCUCGGGAAGGUGCUUGGGCAUGGAGCUUUUGGGAAAGUGAUCGAAGCUUCAGUCUUUGGGCAUGACAAGAAAGCCUGUUCAAACACAGUGGCAGUGAAGAUGUUGAAAGAGGGAGCCACAGCCAGUGAACACAAAGCUCUGAUGUCAGAACUUAAGAUCCUCAUUCAUAUUGGAAACCAUCUCAAUGUCGUCAACCUUCUUGGAGCAUGUACCAAACCCAACGGUCCUCUCAUGGUUAUAGUGGAAUAUUGUAAAUACGGAAAUCUCUCCAACUUCCUGCGUGCCAAAAGAGAGUUCUUCUUACCGUACAGGGACCGUUCUCCUAAAACUCAGAGUCAGGUGCGACGAAUGAUAGAAGCGGGUCAGGUCAGCCAGAAUGAAUGUCAGCCGUCCACCACUUCCAACAUCAACCCUCCAAUGCAGUCUCGUGCUGCAGUGGAUGAUCUUUGGAAGACUCCACUCACGAUAGAGGAUUUGAUUUGCUACAGCUUUCAGGUUGCUCGAGGGAUGGAGUUUCUGGCGUCUCGUAAGUGCAUUCAUCGUGACCUGGCGGCCCGCAACAUCCUCCUGUCUGAUAACAACGUGGUGAAGAUCUGUGACUUUGGUUUAGCACGGGACAUCUACAAAGACCCUGACUACGUGCGCAAAGGCAAUGCUAGACUGCCGCUGAAGUGGAUGGCUCCAGAGAGCAUCUUUGAUAAGGUUUACACCAGUCAGAGUGAUGUAUGGUCAUUUGGAGUGCUGCUCUGGGAGAUUUUCUCACUAGGAGCGUCUCCAUACCCGGGCAUCCAGAUCGAUGAAGACUUCUGCAAGCGGCUCAAAGACGGUACCAGGAUGAGGGCACCAGACAACGCAUCCCCUGAAAUAUAUGGCAUCAUGCUGGCCUGCUGGCAGGGCGAGCCCAGGGAGAGACCCACGUUUCCAGCUCUGGUGGAGAUACUUGGAGAUCUACUUCAGGAAAACAGUCUACCCGAAAUCCCGUUCAAUGUGUCUCAGAGCUCAGAGGAUGAUGGCUUCUCACAAGCUUCCUCUAGACCACCAUCACAAGAGGAGAUCAGACUCGUCUGCAACACAAUGUCCACUCGAUAUUACAACUGUGUGCCUUUCGCUGGCUGCAUCAUAGUCGGACCCUCCAGCACGUGUCACUCACGAGUGAAGACCUUUGAGGAACUUCCUCUGGAAAUGACAUCACACAAGACACAUCAUGACAGCCAGACAGACAGUGGGAUGGUUUUGGCAUCAGAUGAGCUCGAGAGGUUUGAACACAAGCACAGAGGGGCCAUGUUGAAAAAUACAUCAGCGGGCCACAGCACAGAACGCCUCAGUUCUCCGUCCAUGAGCAGCAGUGACAGCACACUGCGCCCACCCUUCUUCAGCCAGCUCUCGGGCCAAACCUUCUACAACAACGAGUACGGCCAGCUGUCGGAGGAGGGCGUCAGCGACUUCUUCUCCUCGUCGGAUCAGGCCAUAUACCAGGGAGCCUGCCCGGCAACCUCCAACCUGUAACAGCACCGAUUGGCCAGCCGUAACCAGGCCCCGCCCCCUCACAACUAACUAAGCUGAAGUCUAGCUUUGUAAAGUUCUCUUAGCAGCCACUGGGUGGCACCAUUAUGUCCAGUUCAAACCAAAAAAGUAUUUUAUCGCCUUAGUUACAUAUACCUUUAUAAAGAGUAAACUUCUUUUUAUUUGUACAAAAAAAGAGAGAAAAGAACCAGA